UGCUCACCGAGUUAUAUGGAAGACAGAGCGAGCGGCGCCCCCAGGUCAAUGUUUUGAUGUGCAUCGCCUCGCGAUUCCGGUUCGCUCGGUCGAGAAUGUAUAGAGCAUGAGACCGUGAUUGGGACCUUCCGUUAUUCCAAUUGACAUCGAUGGCUGAAGGAUUCAUAACUUUCAACUAUCAAGGCGAAGAGUACCAGACAUGGUACAAAGUUAUGGGCAACUUCGACAGCUGUACGCGCACACCCUUGGUUGUGGCGCACGGCGGGCCAGGUCUAUCCCACGACUAUCUCCUCCCUCUCUCUGACCUGGCCACCAAAUUUUCCGUCCCAGUUAUCUUCUACGACCAAAUCGGAAACUCCCGUUCGACACAUCUCCAAUCAAAGCUACCGUCGUUUUGGACCAUUGAUCUGUUCAUCAACGAAUUGAUCAACCUUCUCGAGCACUUCCACAUCCAGGACCGGUUUGACUUGCUCGGCCAUUCAUGGGGCGGGAUACUCGGUCUAGAGUUCGAAGUGCGCAAGCAGCCAGAGGGAUUGCGCCACUUGGUGUUGACCAGCUCGUCGGCUGAUAUGGGGAUGUGGAACGCGUCGACUGGAGAGCUCAGUAAGGCCUUUCCGGACGAUGUACAAAACGGACUGGCUGUCGGCGUGGCGGAUAUGGAAGUGUACGGCCAGGCGCUCAAGGCAUUCCACAAGAAGCAUGGAUGUCUCAUGGACCCGUGGCCGGAAGAGCUGGUAUACUCGAUGGACCAAUCAACGAGUCCAUCGGCAGAUAUCUCCGCUGCAGUGGGGAUGUUCACCGGAGAGCUUCGUACGUGGAGUAUCGUCGAUCGUCUUGACCGCGUUCGUGUUCCGACGUUUGUGAUCAACGGACGAGCAGAUAUAGCUCAGGACUUUGUCGUCGAGCCUCUGUUCAGAGGUAUUCGGCAAGUCAAGUGGGUAACGAUGGAGAAAUCGAGUCAUACCCCGAUGUGGGAGGAGCGGGAGAGAUAUAUGGAUCUCGUUAACGGAUUCUUGUCUACAUAAUCCAUCUAUAUAUCCGCUUUCGUUUCCGCUUUCGUUUCAUGCUGGGCCGCAAAAAUGACUCCUCCCCAAGUGACCAAUGUGGACACUGAAGUCGGACCAUGCAGUCCCGUCUCUGAGCAAAGUCCUGGGCCCGCCGGUGCAAGAUAUCAACCUCGAAAG